AUGAAAUUCCAAGCCAUGAAUGUUACUUUGAGGCCCGAUCGCUCACUUUUAGAUCCUAAUUUCGAGUCCUACAAACUUAGUUUGCUGAAGAUCCCCGUGUAUGAGGCAAAUGUUGGUCGUAAAGUUAGACACAGACCUGUUGAAGAAGUUUCCAAACAGCAUCUUAAAGCGUAUAGUAACAUCAACUGCCUACACAAUAAUCCAUUUGAUGCUGGGCGUGUGUACUAUUUUGGUGCAGAUGGAUCUGUCAUAUCAGUUAGCCUACCAGAGUUCCCACAAAAUUUCGACUCUGGAAAGGUUAUUUUUACCUUCCCAGACUGCGGUGAUUUGUCGUCAACUGAAAAAUUAGCUACUGCGUCCAUACAGUUCCCUGCUGCGUUUCACAUAUCAUUGUAUGAUGGCUUGGGAAACCUAUAUCUUCUCAAGUCUGACGAGCUGUACUCCGAGGACUCAUUUACUGUUGUUGGCAGCAUUCAACCUCCAGUACAUAAGAAGCAUAGUCAGUUGUUAGACUGUUUACUUGUUUCAAAUGAAUCUCAGCUAUAUUUGCAUUGUUUAUUUACCUGUGUUUCGGACAAAUCUGAAUGUGACUUAAUUGUUACUGAUUCAACUUCAGCCUAUGUUACGUAUCUUGAAUGGAUCUCGUAUACCUCUUCAACAUCUUAUGAAUCUUGGUCCUUGGUUCGACAUCAGAAACUUGUUGCCUCUUCCUUCCCUGAUUAUGCUGCAUUCGAAGGCGACUGUUCAGCGCUCCACAUAUGCUCUGAAAGAAAAUUUCACGCCAUUUAUGACUCUCACAAUUCACUUAGUUAUAAAGCAGAUGUCAACGAAUGUGGUGCAUCUAAAGCUGUGGAAACAAAGAUUUCUGCUUCUGUUAACGACACAAGGUUUUCUGUUACGUGGUCACAAACUGAUACCGAUGAAGAUAUGGAUUUAAAUCUACUUAGCAUUGCUAUUACACUAAACAACGUGACACUACCGUUAUCAUUCGGCCCAAAUAUUGUUUUGGUGCAGAUUGCUCCAGUUUGUGAAAGAGCUCGUGAUUACCAAAUACUUAGCGUGAAAUUGUGCUCUUAUAUUUCUACCAACGAAUCUGAGAAAGUCAAUAAUGACCCAAUCAUACUAAUUGAUCAAACUUUAUAUGGACCAGUGAGUCCUACAUCUUCAUGGACGUACGAUCGUAAAGCUAAUUGCAUCGAAGUGCAUAUCAACAAGCAAACCACUCAGUACUGGCCUCGCUUACUGCUUGAUUCACGUGAAGAUGAAAAAUUAAGGUAUGCGCAAACUCUAGGUGUGGAAGAUCAAUCGGAUGUCGAAGGCACUAUAUUAAAACCACCUUUCAACGUUGGACAGCUGGAAGAAGUUGACUUCCCUAUGAGUGAAGAUGAUCCUGAUUUAGUGUUGCAGCGGUUUGAUCAUGAAACUCUUAGAUGUACCCAUCAGGUUCAUUUGUCCGGCCAUCAGUGGUUAUUCAAGAUUCGUUGUGCUGAGUCGAAAUCGAACGCAACUCACGCUUUCUGUAUUCGCCAGGAUGUAGAUGGAAUCGUUUGGUUGCCGCAAUGUCAUUUUACCUCCAUGAAGACAAACUCAGAUAUAGACCAAUAUGUUUGGAAACAUGUCUCGACUUUGCAAGCAUUUGGCUAUGUUCUUGCCAGCAAGAGGGAGAGCCGAUUUGUUUCUAGUCCGGUCUUAUUUAACGAAACUCCACUAAAAUUUGUGGCUGUUGCAGAUUUCACGAGAAGAAUCUACAUAUAUUGUCAACCUCUACCAAGUAGUGCAAAAGAUACGGAACUCCGUAAGCGUAUUACGGCUAAUUCAUCUCCCACGAAAGAACAACAGGUUGUACACGUAGCAUCACAACAUGUAGUUAGUCUACCAACCAAUGAACCAAUAAUUGGAUUUGUUGCUACUGACAAACCAUAUGCAUCGUGUUUAGUUUGUACACAGUCUACAUUGUAUCUUUUACCAAUUGAUGGAUGA